GUUGGUGAGUGUGUGCUCUGUGGCCCGGCUCUGGCUAGUGGCUCUACCGGUCGCUCUCACUGGUGUGGUCGGGUCUAAUCCGUCUCUUUUCGAAUGCAGGUGGAGCAGCCGCCACGAUGCAGAUUUUUGUGAAGACCCUUACAGGGAAGACCAUCACGCUCGAGGUUGAACCCUCGGACACUAUAGAAAAUGUAAAGGCCAAGAUCCAGGAUAAGGAAGGAAUUCCUCCUGAUCAGCAGAGGUUGAUCUUUGCUGGUAAGCAGUUGGAAGAUGGCCGUACUUUGUCUGACUACAACAUUCAAAAGGAGUCCACUCUCCAUCUCGUGCUGAGACUUCGUGGUGGCGCUAAGAAAAGGAAGAAGAAGUCUUACACCACCCCAAAGAAGAACAAGCAUAAGAGAAAGAAGGUCAAGUUGGCUGUGCUGAAAUACUAUAAGGUGGAUGAAAAUGGCAAAAUCAGCCGACUUCGUCGGGAAUGUCCUUCUGAUGAAUGUGGUGCUGGAGUUUUCAUGGGUAGCCACUUUGACAGGCAUUACUGUGGCAAGUGUUGUCUGACUUACUGCUUCAACAAACCAGAAGACAAGUAGUUGUGUAUGAGUUAAUAAAGAGAAGGAACUGAUGUUUAGUAUUGUGUUUUAUUAUUGUUUAAGCAAUGUUUCUUCAGCUGUGUAACAGUCCUUGGUCAGGAGAGUUUGAUCGUAAUGGUAAGCCAUCUUGGCUUUGGCUUUCCUGGCAGGCACAAAGGUCAGAAUUCUUUAAGGGGUUGUGGGAUAUCCUGUAGACUUGGAAGUAGUGUGAUCUUGUCUUACGAGACAUGAGAGUAGUCUCACAGUACAUUCAAGAUGCUUCCUGAGGUUGGCUAUGUGUGUGAGCUGUUAAAUAUUUUCAGUGUUGAUGGUGAUUUUUCCUCUAUAAGAGGUAAGCUAGGCAUGUGGUGCAUAGUUAAGGUUUCAGCACUUGGGAGACUUCAGCAGGAGAUUUGCUGCCAGCUUGUGCCAGCAAGACACUGUAUUUAAAUAAAGAAACGAAAACAAA